AUGUAUUCUCCAACUUUUCUCGCGGAUAGCCGUUCAAAUUCUCAAAGAGCUCCCAUCUCUAAUCUCAGUUCCAAGCAAAGGGUUGCCUAUUUCCACAACAAGGAUGUCGGAGCCUUUCACUUUGGGCCUCAACACCCAAUGAAGCCCGAACGCUUGACCUUGACUAAUGAUUUGGUUCUUGGAUAUCGCUUACACGAGAAAAUGGAUGUUUUCUGCCCUCCGAGGGCCACCGACGAAGAGCUAAUGGAAUUUCACCAAGCUUCUUACAUAAACUUUUUAAAAAAAAUCACACCGGAGAACGCCAAACUUUUUCCGGUCGAGGAUUUUAAUCGAUUCAACAUUAAUGAAGAUUGCCCGAUAUUCGCUGGUUUAUACGACUACUGUCAACUCUAUGCCGGAGCUUCGGUCGCUGCCGCGGAACGGCUGGCGUCAGGAGCGUCGGACAUAUGCAUAAAUUGGAGUGGGGGACUGCAUCACGCUAAGCAAUUUGAAGCAUCGGGAUUUUGUUUUGUCAAUGACAUAGUAUUAGCGAUUCAACAUUUAUUGAGGUUAGCCAGUGUUUCUCGCUACGUGUUAAUAGUCUUGUACGUGGAUAUCGAUAUACACCACGGUGAUGGAGUGCAAGAGGCAUUUUACCUUACCGACCGUGUGAUGACUGUUUCAUUUCAUAAGUACGAUAAUGGCAAUUAUUUCCCGGGAACAGGGGAUUUCGAGGAAAUUGGAACUGGAUUUGGUAAAUACUUUAGUCUAAACGUUCCACUCAAGGACGGCAUGGAUGAUGAAAGUUACAUUGUACUAUUUAAGGACAUUAUCACAGCAGUUAGGGAUCGAUAUCGACCGAGUGCGAUUGUUCUGCAGUCUGGAGCUGAUUCGCUUGGCAAGGAUAAGUUGGGCGGAUUCAAUCUCAGUAUCAAGGCACACGGGGAGUGUGUUAGGUAUAUAAAGAGUUGGCAAAUUCCGUUGCUUGUUCUCGGCGGAGGUGGCUACAUGGUACAAAACGUGGCGAGAUGUUGGGCCUAUGAGACAAGUAUUCUGGUCGAUACGGAAGUGCCGGAAGAAUUGUCACCGGAUCGAACCAAUUUUUACGCGUUAUUUGGACCCGAUUAUUCAUUACACCCUCCGCUUGUUGGAAAAGUGGAGAAUCAAAAUACCAAGAGUGAUUUGCAAAAAUUGGCGCAGCAGGUUCUAGAGCAUUUGAAAGCUUUGGAGGGAGCGCCCAGUGUACAGAUGCAGGAAAUACCCACGGAGAAAACUAAAGAAGCAAAAAAUAAAGACGAAGAAUUGGCAGAUUCUCGUGAGGACGCUAACGCCGACUAUAGAUACAGGCGGAGACUGAUAUGGCACGAUAAUGAAUAUUUCGACGGGGAAAAUGAUCACGACAGGGAUGACGAAAGACAAAUGAUGGAUGAUGAGUUUUAA